AUGCAGUUCGAUGGGGAGGCGCAUCAUCAUCCGCAGCACCACCACGCCCACGCUACGGCAGCUCACCAUAUGAACCCGCACAUGAGCAACGAUGCGAUAUACGACCGCUUCCGCAAGUUAGGCAAUUGGGAGCGGAUAGACUUCAUGUGCGGCCUGCUCGAUCUGUGUCACCCCUUCGAGGUGCGUUAUCUCGGCACGUUUAUCGAAGAACUGCGUAGAAAAGACUACGACACGCUGAAAAAGUACGAAGAUAAGGCAAACACGGGGGACAACCCGCCCAAGGACUUUCUCAAUCUCGAGGAUAAAUCUGUUCGUGCUAACUUGGUCAUUUCCCUCACUUUAUUAUCCUCAAAAAACGAGAAAGUCGCUUCGGUUAUAUUCACUAUCCUGCACAAUUUCAUGGAAUCAUACAUUACCCACUACCACAAAGACGGAGCCGCCCUUCAAGAGUACCUUCUCCUGCUGAUUCUAGCUGUUUCCCAUCCCGCCUUCACUAUUGAGCAAAAACAGUGCCUAAGGAGGCAUAUAGACAAUUUAAGAUCGAACGACUCAAAUUUUUAUCCUUUCCCGAGAGCGUUGAAUGCGCAACAGAACGCGGUGGAUAGCAUUCACCGUCAGCGAUUCAACGACACUAAAGAUAAUUGCCACGCUACUGCUGCCAAGCUCAGCGAGAUAACACUGAGAGUGUCCGACUGCGCGAAGAGGCUGCAGGAUGGAAGACAAGAGCCACUGAUGGAGGACGAGAUUAUCCUACAUAUAGACGUCACCUGGAGUGAUAACCGAAAGAAUGAAGUCCUCAGGAGUCUAAACGAAGUUUCCAUACUCGAACGAGAUAUGAGACACGAACUUCUGGGAAUGGAAGAUAUGCAAGGCAUGAAGGAACUCUCUGCUGAGCUGCAGCAGACCUUUUCAGUUUUUAGAGAUAUUAUUCCAUCACAGUUCAAAAAUGAUCCGCCGGCGGACGUUAAAAGCGCGCUGCAUAAAUUUAUCAAUGAUUUAACAAAACUGCCUCGCGAAGUCUUGGACCAAAUGUACAUGCGUCGUUUCUUGGGGCGGAUGGAUUCGCGGACUGAGCAACAGAGUCGUGGUAUACAAAAUCGAGUGCCAGUGCCGCGAGAGACGGGUGAUAUCAUUGAGGAGCUAUCGUCAAAUCCUUCGCAUCAAACCGAAGAAAGCCAAGUCUACUGGUGGCUCAAGUUUCACAAUAUGGACAAAUACUUCACAUACUUUAAAGAUAUGAAGCUGAAUGACUUAGUGACGAAUCCAACGGAAGCGUUCCGAAGAAAGAAUCGGCAAGAGAUGCCAGAGUGGAUCAGAACUCGCGUUAAAAACAUUAUUGCACAUACAACUAGGACGACGAGUUCGAGAACGCCUCAAUCACCCGACCCUGACGAUCUAAUCUCUCAUCAUUCGGAUGACGAGUAUCAGAAUGACCGUAGAAAUCACAAGGACAACUUGUUGUCGCACUCGACAUCAGCUCCCAACAUCGGAAACUACAGGAGUCGACAAGGCGAAGAUUCCUCGGAUGAGUCUAGAUCGACUUCGCAACAGGACUCGCGCCCGUCGAGCUCCCGUGACCAGGACGGUCGAAGAGUCGUCGAAGACGCCGCUCGCCAAAUGCCCAUGAUGAACGGGCCUCAUCCAAUGUACAAUCCUCUUCAUAAUCAGCAAAGAAACGUUUCCAACGCUGUCCAGCAGCAGCCUCAACAGCAAUCCCAACAAGCACAACAGCAGCAACAAGCUCAGCAAUCCCAACAAGCUCAGCAAGCUCAGCAACAACAAGCUCAACAGCAGCAGGUAGCCCAGCAGCAACAGGCUCAGCAACAUCAACAAAUGAUGAUGGUCCAGAAUCAGCAAACUCUAACAGCUUUCCAGCAGGCUCAAGCUCAGGCAGAAGCUGAACGCCACAAGAUGAGCCAGAUGAACCACGCAAGUGAUCAAAGUCGGCAAAUACCAAUCUCCUUCCCGAACGUAGCUGGACAACCUGGAAUCCCAAUGCUUCCUCCACCACUUGUGGGCGGCCACCGCCCUCAGCACAUGACAAUAAACGGUUAUCCUAUGUACGCGAUCAAUCCUGACGGGCCGAAUCUGCCACAGGUGCUCCAGCACCAAUUGCAGCAACAAAUGCAGCAAAUCAGCAUUGACCAGCGGAACCACCCAGGCAACUUCCCAAUGCCUUUCCCGCAAAUGCCGAUGCCGAACUACACACAUAACUUGCAGCAUCCGCCUACUUCUCAGCCCCAAUCGCAACACAUGAGACAUCCCUUCUCGGACCCAAGGCAUCAGAACAACAGAAUUAAGCACCAAGGAGGAGGGAAGAAGUCGUCGUGCUAUCGAUGCGGCGGGCAAGGACACCAGGCGCAAGACUGUACCGAACAAAACCAGCGCAAACAGGUUGAAAAUUGA